GAUGAGUAUGAAAGAAGAGUUUUCCCGUGACAUUGAGAGAAACCAAGAGCUUUCCCAAUUCAUGACGCAACAAUUGCAACAAGAUCAAAAUAAUACAGAGUCAUCUACUGUCGGUAACCGCCCCACGGGGCAGCCAAUUUCCUCAGUGAACAAAUCCAAUAUGCCUAUCACGGUAACAAAUGUCAUUCCUAAUGACAUUUGUUAUCACGUGUUUGAGAUCGCUGCUGAAGCAGACGUCUCAAAAAGCCUAUUUGAUUACGUUCGUCGUCGAGGGAGAGGCAUAAGCAUCCUUAGUGGGAAUGGAGAGGUGGCACAAGUCACACUUCAGCAAUCCACAGAAAAAAUUGUAACCCUUCAUGGACGGUUCCAAAUUAAUUCGAUAUCUGGAACAAUCCCCAAAUCGCCCACACGGGCAGAUGUGGAAGGUUUGAUUGUUAAAUUGUCUGAUUCUAAUGGACAAGUGGUUGGAGGAAAUGGAUAAUCAAGAAGUGGCGUGCCUCGAUGAAGAUGAACAUGUGGCAGAAAUUGAUGGUAAUCAUUCAACAUCUUCUUAGGGUCGUAUGUUCGGGCAAGAUAUGACUGCAAGCGCAACUUCACCGCCAAAAUCUCUUUGAUUAUAGCUAGAUAGAAUGUUAUUUGCAUAUCGAUGUUCAAUUAGGACAUAUAAUUAAUAAUAUUAUGCAUAACUUCGGUUUGAUUUUAAUUUAUUAUGAUAUAUCUAGGUGAAUAAUUUGGUGGCUGCAAUAAAGUUUUUAUAUUGAUAUUUGUCUUAA